CGCAAGAGUUUGCGUGCCACGCGGCUGCAGCUUGCUUUCGCGCAGUCAAAUCGGAUCUGCGAGGCUGGGCACGCUUCCUGAGCUUCAGCCCUGGAGAAACAUCAACAGCGAUCCGUGCCCACCUGGGCGGACCAUCCGCAGCAUGCAGCCACCGAGAGCUGGAGGACGUCUUUAGAAUCCCCCGUCUCCUUUAUCCGUCUCGGACGCUAGACGGCCCCCGGAGGGAAGGGGGGGUAUCCCGGGCUUUGCUGGUGCCCCCAGUUCAGCCGAGAAGAUGGCCUCGCCAUCGGCCUCCCCACCCCUGGCGGACUCACCCGCGCCCGGCAGCAGCUCGCUCGACCGCCGCCGUGUCAGUGAUAGCAACAGCAACAGCAGCAGCAGCACUCCCCAUCCCUUCGACGGUGCCGACCCAGCUUCACCGCUCCCACAGAUCCUCUGGAGGCUCCAGGUACCCCUGUACAUCACGCACAUGUCUCAACCCGCAACAACAACACCCCCCUUCAUCGUGUCCGUGCCGCGCUUCAGCUACCUGGCCUUCCUGCUGCCGCGUCUGACCGCCUACUACGGCCUGCCGUGCUCGAGCUUCCACCACGAGGAGAUCCAGCUGCGCAACCUGCCCGUCGGCCUGCUGGUCGACCUCUAUCAGCCUCCCUCCCUGCCUUGGCAUCUGGUCGUCGGCGACGGUCCGGAGUGGGACAUCGCCGACACCUUCACCAACUCGGCCAAGGAGGCCGACUUUGUCCGGAAUGGCAACGCCAAGCAGAUCAUGAGCCUGUCUAAGGAGCACAGUACCUCCCUGUGGAAUGCUGUCAAAGAUAAUGACUUUGCCACCUUCAGCAGAAUCAACAACCGCCUACUCAACACGCCUACACCGCUCAAGAACGUUCCCAUGCGUCUCUACAUCCCCUCGUCUCCAAAUGACCCUAACGACGCCACGCCAGGAUCGUUUAGGGUUGUACAGACCUUAGUGCCGGCGCGGCUACCCACCAGGGCACCGCAGACCCUCGGCGCCGCCCUCAAGAACUUGCUGCCGAGUCUCUUCCCUAGCAGCCGCGACCCGGUCCUGGCCAAUGUGAUACUUCACGGUGGGCCAGUGCCCUUCGGGGCGCCGCUGGAAGAGUUGAUGCGGGAGGCAGCGUAUCCCGACGGCUGGCUGUGCUUGUGUGUGGUUUUCUUAUGA